AUGGAGGACAACCCGCCCCUAGCGCAGAAGCUCACGAGCGUGCAAGUCAACGUGGAGGGGCUGAAGAAGGUAAAAGGAGAAAAGCUGAACUUCCUCUUCGAAGAUAUAAAAAAAAGCGCCACCGUGGAAGACCUCUUCUUUCAUAUAAAUAAGUGCAACGAAAAAAUCCAUCGGUUAAACAUCUUCGCUGGUGCUCCGUUAAUUAACCUAAAAAGUUUAACAGGCACAGACGUGCAGGUGAAGUACACACUGAAUGAGCAACGCAACAACUACGUCAUAGGGACGAAUGUAAACAACAGAGGAGAAGUAACGGCCGAGUUGGAGAUGAACGUGCCGUAUGUCCUCAGAACGAUCAACAGCUUUCAGCUGAAAGCUAACAUAAGUAGUCUAUACACAAACAAUUUUGGUCUCCGUUUUGUUUUUCCGCAAGUGACAAAGCUAGCUAAUUUUAACCUAAUUUUUGAGGGAAACCUCAGCAGCGUAAGUAACACCCAACAUGGGUCCUACUUGGUAAAAAGCAACUCCCUUAAGUCGUUCCUCGUGGGAGAAAGACACACACUCAUUUGGGACGUAAAUUUCAACACACUUUUUCAACGAAUAAGCCAAAAGUAUGUUCCCUCCGAAUGGGUGCUAAAAUUGCCAGACAGGUAUAUCAAACAUACUCUACGCCAUGUGUAUAAGCGAGAUGCACUUGGUUACGGUUGGCUCAAGGGAGCAGUUCCCCAGGGGAGUCAUCCACUUGAUGACGUACCAGAUGGACACACAGAUGCAGGAAGUGUAAAUCCACCCCAACUGGUGGAACAUACGAACUACCCCACGUCAGGAUACCUCUACCAAAUGGAGAGCGAACUCUCCCUACCCUUCUGCGAAGCGAAAUUUCUUAAAAACCACUUCCACUACAUGUUCGUGAAGAAACUACGUGAGAAUUUUUUAACCUAUGUAAGUUUUACCAAUGGGAUGAAAUACGACUUUGAUAAAUCCAACCCCUACCAAUUGGGAGCCUUCCACUUUAGUGGAAGCAUAGGUAGCUCUCUAACCUUCAGAGGAUUCGAACAUAACAGCAUAGGGGACACAGACGUGGGUUACAAGUUUGACAGAAAAAAAGGAGAAUACCGAAUUUGUUACAAUUACUUGGGGGCAAAUUUCAUCACCAGCUUUCAAUUCCUCUGUAAAUACAUCUUAACGCUACAUAAUGCCAAGCCUAUUUUAUUCUUUUAUGCACAGGUGGGACGAUUAGGCAACCAUUUUUUUUCCUCCUUUGAUCAGCUAAGGAGGGAGAUCAGGGUGUCCACUGGGGUCGGACUCAUGACAUACAUACAGAAGAAUGUCUCCUUGGAAGUUUUUUUUAAUUUUCCUCUUUUGCACCACUUGAAUGAUCGGACGAAGUACUUCCAGGUGGGUUUAAACUUUAGGGGCAUGUUGUAG